AUGUCGCGCGAGACCCGCCGGGCGUGGGCGUAUAAAGUACGAAGAGGCGGAGAGGCGAUGAUGCGAUCAGGCUGGAGGAGAUGUUUGGGAAUUUCCAAAUCGACGUGGGAAAAAGCAGCUGCUUUUUCAAAUAAUGACGAUGCUAGAGCAGCGGGCACCAAGGAGGGGGAGGGGCCCAGGUUGGGAAGGAGGGGCACCCGUGGACAUGAUUGGCGGAGCAAAAGGCGCCCUGCGGGAGUACGUACCCAGGUCCAGAUGCAGUGGAAGACGAGUGUGAACUACGUUGAGUCAGGAAGUGCGGGCAUCCAGGACGAGAUGGGCUCGGAGCCACAGGCAGACGGACGGACUUGCUGCAGAGUGGUUUCCUCCUGCAAGUGGUUUCCUGCAAGUGGUCCCCUUCCGAAAUGCCAUGCCAGGGAUGGGUGUGAUGGCGUGGUUACACUACCAGCCGCGGGGACUCUUCAGCAUCAACUUGAGCCUGAGUCCAAAGUCCAAAGUGCAAGUCCCGGGGGUGAAGAACGUGGGCGGUGCCGGGAGAAGCAGGGUGUCGUCAGUGGCCGAUAG